UUUUUUUUUUUUAGGGAUGAGGUAACUUUAGUUCUCUGUGUUCUUCUUGCAUACAUUUUUGUCAUGGGGGUGGUAGUGCUUGGAUACAUUACGCCAAGAAAUAAAUCAACUGCUGGCGCACCAAUGAACGAACCCCCUAGAAAACAGCAUAUCAGUGUAUACUCAUUAGAUCCAGUAAGUAAUGAGACAUUGGUUCUAAGAGCGCCCCCAGGACAAAUGACUCUGCUCAUUCUUGUCGAUCAGGCUAAUAAGAAAGAGCUGUUUGUCGAGGCUCAGAAAGCUAUCAAAUAUCAAAUUGAAAGAAUGGAAGGUUGGCAGUUCUCAUAUCUUCAAGUGGAUGAGUAUAGUUCCUGGUACGAGCAGUUAACCAAUCGAGCUCUAGACACGCAGGAUGUAAAGAAAGUCAUAGGGAAUAUUCUUGCCAUUAACGCACACAGAAUGUACUAUUGUCUGUACAAUGCACGGACGCAGAUCGCUGCUUACCGAGCCUCUCAACAAUACUCGCAAGUGAAUCCGGAAUCUGUCGGUUUCGGUGAUUCCGACAGCGAUACAGAUGAUGGAAAUGAGCUUCACAUUGAUAAUUUUUAUGCUCCGUUACCCAUGUGGAUUGAUAGACUUUAUGAUGGAUCAACCCCAAGGAUACGGGUCACGGAAUGGCCAACCAUCGACCCUAGGUGAUGCUGAUAAAUUAGAAGUUUUCCAUUGUGCAAAUAAAUGUUUGUUAAUCCUCAUUUUUUAAUCCCAUUUACAGUUGUCAUGUAUGUUUCUGUUUAUAGUGAAGAUAGAAAUUAUGUUAUGAAUCAUUAUUUAACAGUAAUUUUGGUGCUUGAAUCCUUUUAUUGAAUUAUUAUUGUGACAAUCAUGAUGAAAUAAUUUGGGUGACUUUCUUACGAGGCAUAUGAUCCCAAAACCAACAUCAACGCCCAAAAAUUUAAAAAAUUGACUUUUUAAAAUGUCUGUACUCCCCAGAUUUUUUACUGUAAAAUGAUGGGUCAUUUUACUGGAAUCAGAUUAACUAUUGCCGAAAUAUUAAGUAAAAGUAUUACGGCAUUUAUGUACUAAGGAUACAGACUAUCGCACUAAAAAUUAUCAUAGAUAAAAA